AUGGGCGGCCUCCUGGGGCGCGCCGCGCUGCGGGGGCGGCUGUGCGGCCCGCGCCCCCCGGGGCUGAGCCCGCUCCCGCGCCGCAGCUCGGGGGGGCCCCCCUGGACCCAGGAACGGACCCUGGUCGCGGUGAAGCCAGACGGGGUGCAGCAGAGGCUGGUGGGAGAUGUGAUCCGGCGCUUUGAGAGGCGGGGAUUCAAGCUGGUGGGGAUGAAGAUGCUGCAGGCCCCAGACAGCGUCCUUGCUGAGCACUACCACGACCUGCAGAAGCAGCCCUUCUACCCGGGCCUCGUCAGCUACAUGAGCUCUGGCCCCGUGGUGGCCAUGGUGUGGCAAGGCCACAAUGUGGUCCGCACCUCCUGGGCCAUGAUCGGGGACACCGACUCAGCUGCAGCAGCCCCGGGGACCAUCCGUGGAGACUUCAGCGUCCACAUCAGCAGGAACAUCAUCCACGCCAGUGACUCCGUGGAGAGGGCACAGAGGGAGAUCCGGCUGUGCCAAAGCAGCAAGCUUGUGGACUGGACAGACGGGGACCACCACAGCAGUGUCCCCCCGGCCUGAGGGCUCAGCAUCCAGCUGGGACCAACUACCUCUGCCCAUAAGAACCUGCACCCGGCCCCUCUCCCAAAGCACCUCCCUGGGUACCUCCCCCCCGCCCCAGGUGUUUGAGCUGUUGAAUUUGCGUGCCUUUCUCCAUCCUCAGCCAGCA